AUGACCGUUGUCGGCACUAUUCCUUCAAUUUUAAAACUUAGAAUUUUGCUUCCGAGCAAGUGUGGACGUUCUCUCCGUUUGACUCACACAAAAACCCCGGUUCAACAAUUUGGAUUUGAGUAUUUGAAGCAACAAACAGCAUUGGGUCGGCCGAUUUCGCCACAUUUGAAUAUUUAUAAACCACAAUUGACUUGGAUAAUUUCUGGCGGUCAUCGAAUUAGUGGUUGUAUAAUGUCUGGAACUCUGCUGAUUGGCGUUUUAGCCUUUUCUUUUGGUCCGUUCAGUUAUAGUUCUUUUAUCGAACGAAUUCGUUCAUGGAAUCUUCCUUGGCCAAUUACUGCAACGUUUAAAUUUAUCAUUGCUUGGACAAUUGUUUUCCACUCACUCAAUGGAAUCCGUUUUAUGGGAUUUGAUUUAGCAAAAGGAAUGGAACUUCGACAAAUUUAUAUGUCUGGUUAUUUGGUGCUUGGACUUAGCACUUUAAUUACCCUUUUGAUUGUUGCAAAUUCGAAGCGAAUUAGUGCAGAAGAAAUGAAAGAGAUGUAUCUGUAG